AUGCCCAACACGACCAACAGAUGGAGGUGGUCAGCCAUUGACCGCGUUCUUGGCUCCAACGGCAAUCAAGGGACACGGGCUCAUGAUCUGGCCCGUGAGGAAGAAAGAGCAUUGCUCCCACAUUUUAAUCACCAGCAGAUGACCUCGGCCGUGCCCGCAUCCGAAGUUACCAAAAUAUGCCUUCGCCUGCGCCAUCUGGUUCAAGAAUGCGUGCCGUGUGAGAUGGAGGAGAGCCGCGUCACAGCGCCCCAUAGUCGCAUCAUUACAACCAAGGUUGUUCAGGCGGCCAAGGAGGCUGGCGGCCAGGAGUAUAGAGGAUGCGUGGUCUUUUGUUUGUUGAUCAACCAGCGUUGGUUCCGACGUGAAGCUCUCAUAGAGCUAUGGGAUUCGAGCUUGCACAAACUGCGAGCAGAGGCGUGUGCCGUCAUUUCAAAAGCCUUGAUUGAGAACGAAGAAGAUACCAAUUAUCUAUUGUACUCCGUGUUACUUCAUCGAUACUCAUAUAUAGCAAACGGCAUCCCCACCCCGCCGGUGAAUGUGAUCGAGAAGGCUGUUGACUUGCAUUCCGUCCGAGUCAUUGGGUCGUCCGGAUAUCAGAAAUGUAUCCAUUACUUGUGGCGUGGCUGGCUUGUGCAGGAUGAAAAUGACCCAUCCGUCUUUGUUGAUUACAAAGACAAGGAUAAUCCAAACUUUUUCGUCCAUAUGGAUCCAGAACGCAUGAGAGCUCCUCGAAACCAGAAUGCCGCCCAGUUACUGUUCUCUGUCAUCUAUCUUCUACUCUACACCAUCGCCGUCAACUCCAUCAACGCUUCAGGAAUUUUAGAUGGGGCCGAGGUUGCCUUAUAUCUUUUUACCCUUGGAUAUAUCUGCGACGAAAUUAUGAAAUUCUACAAGGCAGGAUACCAUAUUCUUGGCUUCUGGAAUGCCUUCAAUGGUGUUCUGUACUCGUUUUUAACCGUCUCUUUAGUUCUCCGAGUCAUUGGCCUGGCUGCAGCCCGUGACUCGCAGUACCGCGAGCAUUACAACAAGCUGAGCUACAAUAUGCUUUCCUUUGUUGCUCCUAUGUUCUGGUGUCGGCUGAUGUUGUACCUUGACAGCUUUCGUUUCUUUGGAGCCAUGCUUGUUGUGCUCAAGGUCAUGAUGAAAGAGUCCGUUAUUUUCUUCGCUCUUCUUAUAAUCAUUAUUAUUGGGUUUCUUCAAGCCUUUAUUGGAUUGGACCUGACAGAUGAUAACGUUGCCAAUGAUGUCUUGUUUAUCAUUGAGUCGAUGACGAAAGCCAUCUUGCAAAGUCCCGAGUUUGAAGGAUUCGAAGGCUUUGGUCCCCCGUGGGGCAUCAUUCUGUACUACUGCUUUACUUUUGUCGUCAUGAUUAUUCUCCUCAACAUCCUUAUUGCUCUGUAUAACUCUGCCUACGAGGAUAUUUACGAGAAUGCCGACGACGAGUAUCUAGCUCUCUUCUCCCAAAAGACCAUGCAGUUCGUCAGGGCUCCGGAUGAGAACGUGUACAUUGCACCGUUUAACCUCAUUGAGAUCGUUAUCUCAGCCCUUUUCGAGUGGUGGAUGCCAAAGCACAUGUACGAGGUGAUAAACGACUACGUGAUGGCUGUCAUAUAUUCGCCUCUGCUAUUUGUGUCGGCAUUUUUCGAGACGCGUGCUGCUCAUCGCAUUCGACAUAACAGGUCGAGGGGAGACGAAGAUGACGAUGUGGUGGAGGAGUGGGAGCAAUUGGAACAUGAGCUUGAUAUGGAGGCUGAGGGUUGGACCAAAACGUGCGAUUCUGUGAAGCCGAAUAUGGAGGAUGAUCCUGCAGUUUUGGAAGUCCGAAAACUACGUACCGAGCUCGAAGAGUUGAAAACGAUGUUGAAAGAAAGGACUCAGGAUGUCGGGGGUAAUAAGACCGACGACAGCGACAAGUUGGGUGGGGGGAACCCUUCCAGGACAAAUGAUGACCAGUAG